AUGGCGGAACAGAUCAGUCACAAGAAGUCCUUAAGGGUCAGCAGCUUGAACAAGGAUAGAAGAUUGCUCUUAAGAGAGUUCUACAACUUGGAAAAUGACCCAAACAAGGGUGAACAAGACGCACACAUAGAAGGAGCAGCUGGUAAGUCUUAUACCGAGGAUGGACAAAAUCCAGAUGUUAGUGCAAGUACUGACGGAAGCACUGGUGAACUGGUGAAAAAAGAUGCACUUGGGGCAGCUGAAGAGAACCAAAAGAAAGGGACAGAAGAUACGGAUGAAGAGAUACAAAAUUUGCCUUUCAAGAAGCUGGUCCAGAUUCAUAAUAAACUCCUGGGGAAGGAAACAGAGACCAACAAUUCCAUAAAGAAUACAAUUUACGAAAAUUAUUACGACCUGAUAAAAGUCAACAAUCUUCUCAAAGAAAUUACAAAUGCCAACGAAGAUCAAGUGAGCAAAUUGAAACAAACCGUGGAAACCUUGAUCAAGGAACUGUGA